GAUCUGGACACGUCGACUUUGAUGACAACAAAUUGCCAGCAUGGACGCUCCUCUUCAUGAACCAUCGCUGUAUGCUGUGAAAGCGAUUGCUAUUCUUGAUAAUGAUGGAGAAAGAUUAUUGUCUAAGUAUUAUGACGAUACAUUCCCGUCAUCUAAGGAGCAAAGGGUGUUUGAAAAAAAUCUAUUUAACAAAACACACAGAGCCAAUGCUGAAAUUAUAAUGUUAGAAGGCGUGACGUGUGUGUAUAGAAGUAACGUUGACCUGUUUUUCUAUGUAAUGGGCGGAUCACAUGAAAACGAACUCAUUCUUGUCAGUGUUUUAAAUUGCUUAUAUGAUUCAAUUAGUCAAAUGCUAAGAAAAAAUGUAGAAAAGCGUAUGUUAUUAGACCAUUUAGACGCUGUGAUGCUAGCAGUUGAUGAGAUUAUAGAUGGCGGAAUCAUACUGGAAGCUGAUCCUAAUGCUGUGGUGUCAAGAAUAGCAUUAAGAAUGGAUGACGUACCACUAACAGAACAAACAGUGGCACAGCACAUUACUAACAAACUGCAAGUUCUCCAGUCUGCCAAGGAACAGAUCAAGUGGUCUUUACUUAAGUAAUAUCAAUCCACUGACUACACAGCUGUGGAAAUCUAAAGCUGUUGAGUGUGAAAAGCACAAGAAGAAUCUAGUCCUACAUUAUGUAUAUACUAUAUUACUACAUUUAUUGUAGUAGACGCCAGAUUAUGAUUUGUAUUUAUCAAGUUUAGUCUUGUUUCAUUAAAUGUCAAGGUGGAUUGGUGGAUGAUUUGACUAUGCAUGUGAAUUGGGUGUGCAGUAAACCUGAUUAAACCUGUUGUGUAAACUGUACGUAAACAUGUUUAAACCAGUUUAAAACUGCUGCGUAAACUGUAAACCUGUUAAACCAGUUUAAACCUGCUGCGUAAUCUGAAAACAUGUUUUAACCAGUUUAAACAUGCUCUGUAACUGUAAACCUGUUUAAACCAGUUCAAACAUGCUUUGUAAAAAAGAAACCUGUUGUAACCAGUUUAACUCCAUCUAAAUCUGUUUAAAUCAAAUAUUUUUUUAGUCUAAACUAAACCAUCUGUAAACUGGAAACUCAUAAAUCAAGCAAUCAGUCCAUUCUCCAGAAACGCAUUCUUAUUGGGAUGGAUUGUUGGGAGCACAUUUUUUUUUUAUUUUUAAAAUGAGAUUUGUUGGAACAGAUCAUUUUUCAUUGAAUACUGAAAUAGAAGAAAUAACAGACAAGAUUGGAGCUGCAUCAUCAAAAAGUCUCGUAUGAUUUUUUUUUUAAAAAUUGUUGAUUUUCCCCAUCAAUACCACAAGCAUCUUUUCUGAUCUACGAAAUCCAAGAAUCAAUAUGCUUAUGCUUAUAUGUAAAUCCAUUUCUUAGUAAUCACUUAUGUAAGUUAAAGAUGCAAUAUGGACAAAAACAUAUAUUUUUUUAUUAUUGCUGUUCAAUAUUCCGUACUUAGAUCAAAUCAGGCUUUGAAUUUCCAUAAACUAAAACUGUUUGAUGAAAAAUCAAAUCCACUACUGUAGAAUACUUUAUUUUUUUGGCUUGGAAUUUAUUUUCGCUGAAGGGAUGAUUCCGUAAAAAUAAAAAUUAGCGAAUAUCCUUUUUUUUCUUAUAUUUCACAUUAAACUCAUCAAAAAUCAGUGAAAAUAAAUUCCAUACAAAACGCCCAAAAAGCCUUUUCAGCGAAAAUUAAUUCUAGCGAAAAUAAAGUAAUCCACACUAUUAUACAUGUGCAGUGAAUGUACAUACAAAAACUACCAGUGCACAUGUGUAUUAGAAAAUGUCAGUGCAUCAUUGAACGAGUACUCAGACAUGUGUUACAAGAAGUGCACCCUCAGGUUCUGAUAAAACAUUGUUUAAUGUACCGGUAAUAUGCUUUGUUAUACAUCUUUCACCGCCAUAAGUUACAGCGUCCUGUAAAUUUGCGGUAUUUUACAGGGUAUUUUCAUCCUACCAUAUUAGAAAAUGUGAAUUCCAAAUAUGGAAUGAUUAAGCUCCCUCUAAUUGUAACGACAAACAUGG